UACUUCGCCGGAAAACAUUCACUUUCGCCAUUAAUUCCGGCGUAACAGAAAGCAGUUUCUCUAGGUUUGAAGGAAAGUUCAUCGCUUCUUUUUUGGGAUCUAUAAGCCUUCGGACUUGAAUCUCUGGUCACACUUUCACUUUCUCUCUCUAGAAAAUGAAGAUGAAAAUGGCGGAUAGGUGUUUGAAUUGGUCACAACAUUCGAUUCCACAAUCUCCUUCUUCUUCUUCUUCACUGCAAACCCUAGCCUCUGCAAUAUCUUCGCCGUCAGCAAAACGCCGGAGUUUGACCCACCUCGCACUCGCUUACCGGUACGUUCACCGGUCGGCGAUAUUCGGGACGGAGCUGAACAGAUCCGUGUCAUCAAGAAAACAGAAGCCUAUCAAAAGCGCAGUCACCGGCAGCUUGGAUGCAGAGUUUUCCGAUGAAGAAUUCUCGAAGAAGAUUCAAGAACUGGCUCUCCGUUUGGGAUCGGAAUCGGAAAUCCAGGACCCGUUUGCUGGUUUGAAGAUGGAGCCGCCGGAAUGGCCGGGAGAUAUGAUUCCGGCGAGCAUUGAAAGAAAAGCAAACAGCGUGGAAUUGCCAUUUUCUUUGAGAAUCAUAAAGAGAAAGAAGCAAUGGCAAGAAGGACUCAGAGAAGCAGGUGGAUCUGCUUACUGUUCAGUGAAGAAAGCUUUCUCUUCAAUGGUGUUCAUAAUCCGAGAGCUUCAAAGCUACACGCUUCAGAUGAGAGAGCUUCUAUAUUACGAAGAUUUACAGGAAAUCCUAGUGAGAGUUCAGAAAGAAAUGAAUGCAUCUUUCGUUUGGUUAUUCCAGCAGGUCUUUUCUCAAACCCCAACCUUAAUGGUCUACGUCAUGAUUCUUUUAGCCAAUUACAGUGUUUAUUCAAUAUCAAACAAUGUCGCAAUCGCGGGGGCGCCACCUCCCGCGACCGUUGAAUCCAUGGAACACCACAGUCAUACCAAGUUCGAUUCUUCAUCAAUAAAGACUUUUUCAGCUGGGAAAACCACCUCAAUCGGCGGAAACAACGGCGGUGGUGGGAAAUUCCGGGCAGUUGCCAGCGGUACAGAUGGCGACGGCCGGUUUGAUGGGUCUGUAACUUCGUCGUCGUCGAUUGUCAAUCCGACCAGGACAAGUGAGGAGUCGGUUUCGGGUCAGGAGAGCCAGAAAGAGGAAUGGGAAUCAUGGAAUGCGAUUGUGGAUGAAGCCGACAGAAUGCAGGGUGUGAUCGGAGACGGCGGUCUGGAUCAUGAAACGAUGAAAAGAUUUGUUUCUCCGGUGACCGUGAAAUUGGUUGAAGAAGAUACAGAAGAUCACUUCCGAACAGAGCUUCUUUAUCAAACGGGUCUGUCACAAGAACCCGAUAACCCGCUACUUCUCGCCAAUUAUGCUCAGUUCCUCUGCCUCGUUGCACGUGACUACGAUAGAGCAGAGGACUAUUUCAAGAGGGCUACGAAGGUUGAACCCAAAGAUGCAGAAGCACUUAGCAAAUACGCAAGUUUUUUAUGGCAAAUUCGUAAAGAUUUAUGGGCUGCUGAAGAGACUUAUUUGGAAGCCAUUUCUGCUGAUCCUGAUAACUCUUUUUAUGCUGCAAAUUAUGCACAUUUUCUAUGGAGUACGGGUGGCGAAGACACGUGUUACCCUCUCGAUUCGCCGGAAACUGGCUUCUCGGAUGACGUUUGAAUUCACCACCAUCAUACGAAACUCGGGUUUAGCUUAGAUAGUUGGGAUAAUAAACGAUCUAAGCUGAAAAGGCUAAGGUUUUGGGAGGUCGAAGAUGCACAGCGGAAGGUUUUAAUUUUGUAUCAUUUUGACAAAUCCCUACAAAAGGUGGUUUUGAAGGGACCAAAAGUUGUAAUUAAAUUUUUGUUGAUAUAAAAUUAUAAGUGAAAAUGAAUUUAGAC